AGUGUUCGUAUUAUCAGUGAUACGGGAGUUGUUAAACCAUUUACUAGCACUUAGUUGUUUGUUAGAGGGGUGAAAGUUGAACGAAAAAACGCAAACUAACGAAAUAAACAUGGCACCACCAAAGACCUCAAAAGCACCAGCAAAGGAACAAAGUUUUGCCAUUAAGGGAUACCUAUUUCUGUACAAUGCCAUACAAGUAGUAGGCUGGUGUUAUAUUCUCUAUCAAUUGGCUAACUACUACCUGAUACAAGGUCCAGAAUUCAGAGCCAGCAUAACAUUAUGGGACUAUACUCGUUUCGCUGUAAUCGUGUUCCAGAAUGCAGCCUUUGUGGAAAUCAUUAAUGCUGCCUGUGGUUUUGUUAAAUCAAACCCGGUGAUCACCACCUUCCAGGUUCUAAGUCGCAUGAUGGUGGUAGUUGGUGUAGUAAUGGCAACUCCUACGGGUAAGGUAUCGCCUGGUUUGCCUAUUGCUUUGCUGGCCUGGUCUGUAACGGAAAUUAUACGCUAUGGCUAUUAUGCCUUCAAUAUUGUUAAAUUUGUACCACACUUUUUGGUAUUUUUGCGUUACACCACAUUCAUUGCUUUGUAUCCCAUUGGCGUGACCGGAGAAUUGUUGUGUUUCUGGUGGGCUCAAAGUUAUGCCAAAAACAAUCCUAGCCUGUGGUCAAUUGAAAUGCCCAAUAUCUACAAUGCCACCUUCUCCUAUUAUGUGCUAUUAUGGAUUGUAAUGUUGCUGUAUAUCCCUCUAUUCCCCCAGAUGUAUUUACAUAUGUUUGCUCAACGUCGCAAGAUCUUGGGAGGUGCCAGUAGCAGCAGCAGCAAACCAUCAUCAAAAAAAGUUAAUUAAGUGUAGCUAGUAGCUACGCUUUGGGGUCAAGUUUCUCCGCCAAAUUUGUAUAACAACCAUUUGUAAUUUAUGUAUUUUUUUAAUAUAUUUCGCAAUCUAUAAUUCAUCUAUACAUAAUUUGAACAAAAAAAAUGUUAGCAAAUCUUUUUUCUUUUUUUUCACCUUUUUAUUCGCUGUUUCGUUUCAACCUUUGGAUACAUUAAUUAAAUUUAAAAUUCAUUAAUAAUUUAAAUGUUAUUCAAUGCAUUUUUUGUGCGCGAUGAAAUGUUAAAUCAAAGGUUUACUACGUAUACCUAAAUAAAGCAUUUCUUGUAUGUGUUUUAUAAA